AUGGGAGGAACGACGGAAGGUCCAGCAGAGCGGACAGCCUCAGAGAGUGAACCUCUCAACAAGACCAUCACCAAGAUUCUGGAUGGCCAGGAGCCUGAGCCAGCCACAGGUGCCGAGGGUGGCGGCGGCGGAGGCGAUGCCAGCGCAGAUGGCGGAUCAGCCACCCAGUCCAGCUUCUACGUGUUCUGCUCGCAGCCGUGCGGCGAGCUGCGACGCGGCAAGCUGCGCGUGCGCUGCGCCACCUGCCGCCAGGGGGCGUUCACGGUGCGCCGCGACCCGUGCUCCUGGGAGGACGUGCUGCGGCCGCGGCGGGUGCCGGGUACCUGUGACACAUCCGACUGCGAUGGAGAGUUCGCCGAGUUUUUCUUCAAGUGUGCGGAGCACGCCAGUCUCGGCGAGGGCGACGAGGCGGUGCCUCUGGACCUGGUACGGAACAACCUGAGGCACAUCCCGUGUCUGGCCUGCACCGACGUCUGUGACCGGGUGGUGGCCUACCCGUGCGCCGCCGGCCACGUCACCUGUCUGGAGUGUUUCGUCACCUACUGUCGCAGCCGGCUGGAUGAGCGCCAGCUGCUCAACGACCCCGAGGUGGGCUUCACGCUGGGCUGUCCGGCCGGCUGUCCGCAGUCGGUCAUCAGAGAGGUGCACCACUUCCGGAUGAUGGGAGACGAACAGUAUGAGCGCUACCAGCGGUUCGCCGCCGAGGAGUGUGUGCUGGCGGCCGGAGGCGUGCUCUGUCCCCGACCCGGCUGCGGGAUGGGUCUCAUCCCCGACCCCGAGUGUCGCCGCGUCCAGUGCCAACAGGGCUGUGAGGUGAGCGGCGCGGGGAUCGAUUGA